GCAGCCACUUCCGGUGCGGCGGGGCCAUGGCGGGGCCCGGCGGAGCGGCCGCCUCUCGGGAGCUGCUGGCCGUGGGGCGCCGAGGAGGGCUGGAAGAAACUUUGUUGAUUAGUUCAAAAUGUAGCAGCAAGAAGGCCACAACUUUACAGACAGUUAGGAUGCCAAGGAGUGAUGUUUUGGACCGAGUACAGAGCUUUUUACCACAGAUGGCCCAUGCAAAUGAUGAGCUAAAAAGAAAAAUGGUAACAGCACCAGCUCAUCAGUUUGAUAUUGAAAAUCUAGACACUGCAACAGAAAAAGUUAUAGAAAUGAAUGUGGCUGUAGUUGAACUGAGUGAUUCUGAUACAGAUGAAGAGAUACUAACUUCAGAAGAUGACUCUGAAUCUGAAGAUGACUGUAUAACUGAUGAAGUGACAAUAGACAACAUUAAGUUUCCUAAACAAGAGGGAGAAAAGGGCAAAAUAGAAAUUUUGGACAGCAGAGUGAAUGAGUAAAUCCAUUUUAUUUUACUUGGAAAAAAAAAAAAAAAAAAAAAAACAAACAAAAAAAAAACCCAAACAACCCAAUAAGAAACCCAACUUGUGUUUUAUUUCUUUGAAGACUUGGCCCUUAAAACUACCUUGUUUCCUAAUGUAGCAUCCCUCAGGAUCAUGAGAAAUGCUAUAGUUUACAUGGUGGAGAAUUCAGGAUCCACUCAUGACUGAGACAGGCUGGAUUUCUGAAGAAUUAAGUAUGGUUUUAUUCACUGAUCAGCAUGGAAAUGAACUGCAUAGUAGGUUAGACAAAGCUACUAGGAUUUGGGGCACUUGAACUAGCUAAAAGUCUUGUUCUGUUGCUUUGUUGAAGAAAGAUUUUUAUAGUGUGCUAGAAGAAGUUUUUGCUUCAAGGGCAGGAUAGAGUUAACUAGGAAAAAAGCUUUGUUUUUCAUAUUUCAUGUCCUGUGAAGUGUUAUGUACAACGUCUUCAAUAUUAAACAUUAUCUUAAAGUA